CCCCCUCUCGUGGCACGUACUCUCCCAUUCCUGUCUAGCUCCGCAAGGUUCUCCAUGCAUGCAUAGAUGGAGGAUCUAAAAACACGUCUCACAUCCAAUGUAGAGUCUCCGGCGGGAUCUUCAGGUACGCAUCCUCCACCGAUGACGCCCCACCACUCGUCCCUCGUCCAACCAUCCCAGAAAAAGAAGCGCAAGACUAAAGCACUCAGAGUCUUUCGCUCCUUCUUCCGAACCUUCCCGAUCAUAUCGCCAACGACAUGCAAGAUGGGAUCGAUCCCGCUCGGAAUACCGGACUCUCAUCGCACCAGCAGCGGCACCCGAGUCACCGGCACCCUGUAUGGAUACCGUAAAGGGCGUGUAAGCCUGUCCAUGCAGGAAACCCCGAGGUGUCUUCCCACGUUGGUGGUUGAGCUAGCCAUGCAGACAAACGUGUUACAAAAGGAGAUGAGCUUGGGGAUGGUCAGGAUUGCUCUUGAAUGCGAGAAGAGAUCUGACAAAAACAAGAGGAGGCUCAUGGACGAGACAUUGUGGACAUUGUAUUGCAAUGGGAAAAAGAGUGGCUAUGGGGUUAAGAGAGAGGCUACGGAGGAGGAUUUGAAUGUAAUGGAGCUCCUCAAGGCCGUGUCAAUGGGUGCCGGUGUUCUGCCCGGGAAUUCUGAGGUCGAAGGGCCGGACGGCGAGCUCGCAUACAUGCGUUCCCAUUUCGAACACGUCGUGGGUUCCAAGGAUUCCGAGACACUGUACAUGUUGAGCCCGGACGGGAACAAUGGACCUGAGCUUAGUAUUUUCUUUGUGAGGAUUUGACCAGUACGUUAACGUUCAAGCUUGAUUGAUGUAAUAUUGUGUAUGAGUUACAGAGAGCUAGCUAGCUAUAUAUACUUGCAGUGAUCAUGAUCAUGAUCAUGCAUGCGUGCCACUUACAAUGAGAAAAGUUGAUGGAUCAGGCCGUAAGAGCAAGGGAGACAAAAAGCUAGGGUUGAUGAAAAUUUGCACACACGUAGGUACGGUAACGUGAACUAAUUAAAAGAUACGAGCUGUGAUCAUGUAUGCCCUCUUAUUGCUUCUCAUCAUGAUGUAUUCAUAUAAAAUAGUUUAUUUUUGUAAAAUAGUUUGUUUUCUUGACUAGUAUUAAUGUGAUCAGUUUAACUCAUGAUAUUGAAAA